UGGGUUUGCGAACGCAAGUGUGGCAACCAAAAAGCGCGCGAAGUUGCAGUCAUAGAACAUCCUGAGGCGAAUGGGAUUAUCGAGGAAUCGAAUUAUUUUCAAGGGUUAAAAUUAUUACCGCUAUAAUUGAAUGAAUAAAGAGUACUUGACAUAUCCGUCCUAGAAGAGCGUAGAUAUCCUCUGGAGGAAUUUGCAAUGCCAAUAGCUCAGUAAUGAUACUGCAACACAAAAAUGACGAUUGUGGACACUGAAAAUAGGUUAUGUGAUGGUAAACGACGUGAUUCACCAAGUUCCAUCAUUUACCGAAACACUCCAGGUGCAGCAUGAAUUCCAGCCAGCCUAGCCAAGACGAGUAAUUCAGUAUGCUCGAUCUUCUGGUUCGGCAUCGUGGAAUGCUUUAGUGUUGACAAAUUUUCUGUGCUAUCUUUUCAAUUGAUGUCUUUCGACAACUUUUGACAAUAAUCCGAUGAAUCCCUGAACGAUUGGCGCGCAAGGUGCGGAUGUAAGGUCUUGGAAUGCGCGGCAAGGCGGCAGCACCAUUAAAACCUGAACAUAGGCACAGAUCAGUCUUCACACGCACGUGGUCCAGUAUUUCCAUAGCUUGACAUCGUCGUCGGGUUCACCUAAGCCGAAAUUCUAGCAAAUAAUUUAUAAUAAAAUGGAAGUCGAUAAGCCAGAAGUGAAAAGAGUUUUGUCGCGAUUCAAAUCCGACACAGGUGAAAUCUUGCCGGGUGGUCUGUUAGAUCUACCUGUUGAUAUCACCGUUGACAAAUUGCAACUAAUUUGCAACGCCUUGCUGCAAGAAGAAGACCCAGUUCCACUCGCCUUCUUUGUCAACGAUACUGAAAUAACAGAAUGCUUGGAAAAAUCUUUAGAAAAAGAGUUCAGCACCAGUGAAGAUGUUGUUGAAAUCGUUUAUCAGCUCCAGGCUGUUUUCAAAGUCAGAGCUGUUACCAGAUGCACUGGAUCCUUGGAAGGUCACAAGGAGGCAGUAAUAUCUGUUGCAUUUUCACCUAAUGGACAGCAUCUUGCCAGUGGCUCUGGGGACACCACAGUUAGAUUUUGGGACAUUCACACACAAACCCCACACUUCACAUGCGAGAGUCACAAACACUGGGUAUUGUGUAUAGCGUGGGCACCUUGUGGCAAUAAACUGGUUUCAGCAUGCAAAAAUGGGAGCAUUGUGUUGUGGGACCCAGAAAGUGGAAAACAAGUUGGUAAGACAAUGACUGGACACAAGAUGUGGGUUACCUCAUUGAGUUGGGAACCGUUUCACAGCAAUCCCGAAUGCCGGUAUUUAGUCAGUGCUUCUAAAGAUUGUGACUUGAGGAUAUGGGAUACAACGCUUGGACAGACAACAAGAGUAUUGGCAGGUCACACCAAAAGUGUUACGUGUGUGAAGUGGGGUGGUAGAGGUCUUAUCUAUUCUGCGUCUCAGGAUAGAUCUAUCAAAGUUUGGCGAGCUUUGGAUGGAAUAUUGUGCAGGACCCUAGAAGGUCAUGCACACUGGGUCAACACAUUAGCUUUGAAUACUGAUUACGUUUUGAGAACUGGGUCCUACUAUCCAAUGGAAAAAUCAGAAGAUCUCACGCCGUUGGAGCGGGCAACAAAGCGCUACGAUUCUGUGGGUGAAGAAAGAAUGGUUUCUGGUUCCGACGAUUUCACUUUGUUCUUGUGGAUACCAGAUAAAGACAAAAAGCCAAUCGCUAGAAUGACUGGGCAUCAACAAUUGAUAAAUGAUGUCAAAUUUUCACCGGACGGUCGCUUACUUGCAUCAGCCUCGUUUGAUAAAUCGAUAAAAUUAUGGGACGGAAAAACCGGAAAAUAUAUCACAUCGCUACGAGGCCAUGUACAGGCUGUUUAUUCCGUAUCUUGGAGCGCAGAUUCGCGGCUGCUUGUCAGUGGAAGUGCUGACUCAACUUUGAAAGUUUGGAGUAUGAAAACGAAAAAGCUGGCACAGGACUUGCCGGGGCAUGCAGACGAGGUAUACGCGGUCGAUUGGUCACCCGACGGGCUGAGAGUGGCUUCAGGUGGAAAGGACAAGAUAUUAAAGCUCUGGCAAAAUUAAUCAAAAUGAAUUCGAAUAAAAUCUUAACGAAGUUGUCGGUCACACUGCACAAAACUUUGCUCAAGCUGUGGGUUCCGCUGUACGAGAAGUGGUAAAAUAUACGAGGCUCUUUUUGCUCUCCGCUUGUAUCCUCGCAGCCUUUCCAAGUAGCGAUUAUAAUCACACAGGGAAUG